UCAGCUUUUGAGUUCCGGCAGUUAACUUCUCUCUAUCACUCAGCUCUUCUCUCUCUCCCUCUCUCUGUUUUCGGCGAAAUCAAUCCAUGGCGGUGGCGGCAACUUCCCUAUUCACCAACGGCGGUACUGUCUCGGCGAAGAGUUUCACAAGUCGUUACGCCUCCGUUUACAGUGAAGUUCAGAAUAACCGUCUCGAUCACCCGCUCCCUCUUCCUUCCGUCCUCAAAAAGCCCUUCAAGGUUGUCGAUGGCCCCGCGAGCUCUGCCGCCGGCCACCCUGAGGAGAUAGCAAAGCUGUUUCCUUGCCUAUUUGGACAACCAUCAGCAGCAUUGGUACCGGAUGACUCAGGUGACGUUGCAAUGGGCCAGAGCUUGAAGAUUGGGGUGGUUUUAUCUGGAGGCCAAGCUCCUGGAGGACAUAAUGUUAUCUCUGGAAUUUUUGAUUACUUGCAGAAAUAUUGCAAAGGAAGCACAUUAUAUGGGUUCAGGGGCGGACCAGCUGGGAUCAUGAAGUGCAAGUAUGUGGUACUGACCCCAGAAUAUAUUUACCCAUAUAGAAAUCAGGGUGGAUUUGAUAUGAUUUGUAGUGGAAGGGACAAGAUUGAGACUCCAGAGCAGUUUAAACAAGCUGAAGAAACAGUAAAGAAGCUUGAUUUGGAUGGCCUUGUAGUGAUUGGUGGAGAUGACUCAAAUACAAAUGCUUGUCUUCUUGCUGAAAACUUUAGGAGUAAAAAUAUGAAAACUCGUGUGAUUGGAUGCCCAAAAACCAUUGAUGGAGACUUGAAAUGCAAGGAGGUUCCUGUGAGUUUUGGGUUUGAUACAGCAUGCAAGAUAUAUGCUGAAAUGAUUGGAAAUGUCAUGAUAGAUGCAAGGUCAUCAGGAAAAUACUACCAUUUUGUGCGGCUUAUGGGGCGUGCUGCGUCACACAUUACUUUAGAGUGUGCUUUGCAAACUCAUCCAAAUGUCACUAUGAUUGGAGAAGAGGUUUUUGCAAAGAAACAAACUCUAAAGAGUGUUACAAGCUACAUCGCUGAUGUGGUCUGCAAACGUGCAGACCUGGGGUACAAUUAUGGAGUCAUACUCAUACCUGAAGGGCUCAUAGAUUUCAUUCCUGAGGUCCAACAACUCAUUGCGGAACUGAAUGAAAUUUUGGCUCAUGAUGUUGUAGAUGAAGCUGGUGUUUGGAAAAAGAAAUUGAGUCCGCAAUGUCUACAGCUUUUUGAGAUAUUACCUCAAGCUAUUAGGGAGCAAUUGCUGCUGGAGAGAGAUCCACAUGGCAAUGUCCAGGUUGCCAAAAUUGAAACAGAAAAAAUGCUUAUUCAAAUGGUUGAGACCGAGUUGGAUCAGAGGAAACAAAUUGGUCAAUAUAAUUGCGAAUUUAAGGGGCAGUCACACUUUUUCGGUUAUGAAGGAAGGUGUGGCAUGCCGUCCAACUUUGAUGCCACAUACUGUUAUGCAUUGGGUUAUGGUGCGGGGGCACUGCUUCAGAGUGGGAAGACAGGAUUGAUAUCAUCGGUUGGGAACUUGGCUGCCCCAGUUUCAGAAUGGACUGUUGGCGGAACAGCACUAACAGCAAUGAUGGAUGUUGAGAGAAGACAUGGUAAAUACAAGCCUGUGAUAAAGAAAGCUAUGGUAGAACUUGAUGGUGCACCAUUUAAGAAAUUUGCAUCAAUGCGGGGAGAGUGGGCUAUAAAGAACCGUUAUCUGAGUCCUGGUCCCAUUCAAUUCGUGGGUCCAAUUGCAGAUAAAGUAAAUCACACCUUACUGUUGGAGCUUGGCGCAGAAUCAUAAGGGAAUCAAGGCACAGUAAAUGGUCCUCUUUCCCAGAACGAGGGCCUUUUGAUGUAGAGAACACUAAAUCACACCUUACUACUGCCUUUACUUUUUCUAAUAAAUCGUUUGUGAUGUAAACUUUUGCAAACAAUUUCAGCAGUGGUUGCGGUUUUGAGCUCUCAAAAGCCAAUUAAUUAAGCGGUGCGUGCUUUUACUCCCAGUUUUAAA